AUGGCCAACGUUAGUCCCGAAACCAACGGAUCACAGUUCUUUAUCUACACCACCAAGACCGAAUGGCUCGACGGCAAGGCUGUUGUCAACAAGGGAGUUCUCAUCUCAGGACCUACAGUGACCCUGAUUUCAUGGUGUGUAAAGAAGGGAGGACCAUUGUUUGUCGCAGUUUUUCAGCCUCUCUUGCUUGUGAUAGUUGCACUUGCAGGCUCUUUGCUGCUGGAUGAAAAGUUGCACGUCGGAAGCAUACUUGGAGGAUUGCUGAUUGUAAUUGGAAUAUACGCUGUACUGUGGGGCAAAAACAAGGAACAGAAGACUCAGUUAGCAUCCUCAAUAAGUUUCAAGUGUGAAUCCAACCCUGUAUCCACCGAAGCUGUUACAGCUAGAGUGACCAUUGUGGACAUGAACAACUUCAAUGAGGCCAAUGCUUGUAAUGGGGAAGAUGUGAUUUCAGACAAGGAAAUACAAGAUAGCAGAAAGUAA